GGUAGCUGUAGUUCAUUUGCCGGUUAUUUGCAGCGUUUUAGUUGCUAAGAGACUGAUGUCUGCAGGUAUUAAGCGAUGUUCUUGAAAAGUUGAAGUUUGUUAGUUUAAGGCGUACAUUGCUGGAAAACAAAGAUGACUCCCGUCAUUUGUAAUCAAAAUUAGUGAAUUAAAACAAAAGCAUUGGUCCUCAAAGAAAUUUAGCAUCUAAUGUUUAUGGACUAGUGUGCAAUUCUGUGAAAAAGACUGGAUUAAGUGCAGAGGACUGAAGCUCUGAGCUGUUAAUGAGCUGCUUCCUGUACCAGUAUACAUGCUUUGAUUCCUUCCACCUUCAUUUGACAACUAUGUAACUGAGAAAAGUCAUUGCUCCCAGCUCACUCCUGAAAAGGGAAGAUUUCUCCAGUGGCAUUACCUGAUCAACAAAAAUGGCUACUACUGGUAUUUACAAGCUAGAUGAUGGAACAAGUUUACUUGCAAACUGUUUUCCUGUCAGAAGUUAUUUUCGACCAAGUAAGGAAGGUGCUGGAAACUGGUUGGUUGCUCAGAGAAAUGAUCUGCAGUGCAAAUUCAAUGCAAUAAUCUGUUCGAAUGUCGAGGACCAUAUAAAAAAUGUUGUGGAACAUCAGAGGAUGGCAUUAUACCCAACACAUACAAAUAAGGGUGUAUUACAGAAGUCAGAACUACAAGGAACUGUGCUGAAUGGAUUACUCUUGAUGGAUAUCCACUGUGUGCAGAAUGCUUCAGACUUAUGUUCUGUGGACAUCAGUGACAGAAACUUACACCUGGUAGAUGAUGAUGGCUUCCAGACAUUUGAUAAUGUUGCCUACAUCAAUGCAUCAGGAAACCUGUUAUCACUAGAUAACUUUCAGAAAUUCCCAUCACUUAGAGAACUGGAGCUGUCAUUGAAUGCAUUGAGGAAGCUCAUGAUAAAUCAUGGAGACUUCGCAAAACUGCAGGUCCUGGAUCUUUCAUAUAACAACCUCUCACCAGAAGAUGUUCUGUCAUUAGGACUGCUGCCUCAGCUGAAAGUACUCCAUCUGACAGGAAAUGGUUUACACACUCUUCCCCCUGAUGUGACAGAGCCCUUUAUGACCUCCUCUGCAAAUGGUAUACAGCACGCCCAACGAUUUAAAACCCUGGAAGUCCUAAUGUUGGAUGAUAACAUGCUUUCACAUCCCAGUGUCUUUGCAAGUUUAGCCAGUCUGAAAAGGUUGAAGCAUCUAAACCUUGAUAAAAAUGGAAUCAGAGAGGUCCCAUACCUACAGCAGGUGAUGGAAUCAGAUUACCCUGUCAGUGCAGAUUUUAGGAACAUGAGCAGUGCAGGUGCCCUGCAGAAGAGAAGUCCAGCAGCUGCAUCUAUGCAAAACAGUGAGAAGACACAGGCAACAUCAUUGCAGCAUAUGAAACUAGAUACAAAGGAUACUGCUUUAUUGAGCGAUGAUGAAUCUACAAUCAUAACAGAGCUUAAUACUGACUCUUCAUCUUCAUUCAUACCACACUAUCAGACAUUUUCAAGCAUGGCUGAAGAUGUGCUUCCUCGUUAUAGCAAGGAGUCUUCUGCUAGAAUGAAAAGUCUAUCUACUGAGUUUGUACUGCCAUUUCCAGAACUGAGAUUCCUCAGCCUAGCAGAUAACAAAAUCACUGAAGAGGAGGACCUCUUAGCAGCUGCUCUCUUUCCUUCACUGAAUGAACUUGUUAUUUGCGGUAACCCAAUACGGAGCCACAGAAAUGGUGUGAAUCCGUUGUUGCAUACUUUUCUCCAACAAAAGCUUGGCAUAAAUAUAACUUGGAAGAAAACGUCAUACAGGAAGAAAUUACAAAUAUGUGUCCCAUUGGAUCCCAACAGGAAGGUCAACAGCCAUAUCCCAAAAGUCCCCAAACAACCCUUAAUGUUGGAAUCAUAUCCUCUGCCUACUUUGAUUGGGAAGAGCUUAAAUUUUGGUGAAUCUAAAACCUUUCCUGCUAAUCAUCCAAAUAGAUUGCCUUUACUGGAGCCUCUUCCACAAGCUGGAUAUUCUUUUGUAACAGAAAAAGACAAGGAAACUGAACAACUAUUACAAAAUGUGGAUAACAUUUGUAGACAGCCAGGAAGACACAGUCCUGCAAACAUACUAGAAAUGGGCAUUGAGGACACAGAAGCAUUCUUUAUGACACAGGUGGAUGAUUUUCCAGAUUCUGAAUGGGAGCCAACAGAAAAUAAUAUUUUGGAAGAGAAAAAGGAAGAACCAGAAGAAAUUAAAAAUGGCACCAUUCUGACAAAGUACAAAGGCUAUGAAGAACUGCUAGAUGCUAAGCCAGAUCCCAAUUUUAUUGAGCCAUCUGGAAUACAGCAAAAUGUACAAGCUCUGAACUAUGCCCUACAAAAUUUGCUUGUCUACCAUAGUCCAGAAGUCAAACUAAAGAGUUUACAGAAGUCAUAUGUACCUGAUCAGAAAAAGAUAAGAAAGUUACCAGAAAUCCCACUUCGGAGAGAGAAAACAGAACAGCUUGAAAAUGUGCUGACAGAAAUGAAAAAGAGGACAACAAGUGAAGUUGCACUAGGAAAGGUUUUGCAGAAGAAGUCCAACAUAAAAGAGUACAAAGAGGCCGUGGGCUUACUGAAGGAACUGCAAAAGAUAUACAAGAAUGUGUAUACAAACACAGUAAACCAAGCCGCACAGCUAGAAACCCAAUACCAGGAAACCUUCACUAGAAUCAAGGAGACACAACUUCAGCUAGAAAGAAAAGGGAGCAGAGAUGGAAGAUGAAAUAUUUCUUAUAGCUGUACUGUUAAAUACAAUAGCGCUUCAGAACUGCAUGCAACAGAGGAGUCAUAGGUGGAUGUAAUAUGCUAUAUUAAAAUAAAAGUAUUUUGGUAAAUUGA